AUGGCACCCAACGCGAAGAACAAGAGACAGCGACGCAAGGCGGCAGCUGCGAAGAAGCGCAAGCAAGUUCAAGUUGAAGAAACAGCGCCCAAGAGGCCUGGGCUUUUGGUCACGAAGGAGCUCGAUUCUGCUAUUGAACAGAGCGAGACCUGGAACGAGAAUAGCUUGCUCCUCGACGCCUCCUGUCCCUUUCAACUGAACGCGACCGAGACCUGCGCGGUGGUGACAUGGAGCGGUCCCGUGCUGGACGUUUGCUAUACCGCCCAUAGCAGAGACCAUGACUUUGACCUUGAAUAUGAUCAAAUUCGAUGUCUGCACGGUUAUACCGAGUUCACGGAGACAGCCAACGCGCAAGACGUGCAGCGCGUCACUCAGUUGUUUGAUAAACCACUGUUCUUCCCUCCCGGCGGCGCUGUCAGCUCCAAUUCGAUUCGCCAGGGUGGUCUCGGUGAUUGUUGGUUCUUGUCGGCGCUGGCGACGGUGUCUACAAUGCCUGGCCUAAUUGAGAAAGUCUGCGUGGCGAGGGACGAGGAAGUCGGAGUGUACGGUUUCAUCUUCUAUGGCGACAAUGGCUGGGACAGUGUCAUCAUCGACGAUAUGCUCUUCACGAAUAUCCCGAAAUACGAGGAGCUUACGCAACAGGCUAAAUUGACCUACCACGAGGACAAGAGCCGGUACAACCAGAUCGCCCGAAGGGGGUUCAAGGGUGGCGCCCACCUCCUCUAUGCCGGCGCUGGCGCGGACGGGGAGACAUGGGUACCUCUCAUCGAAAAGGCUUAUGCGAAGCUUAAUGGUAAUUUUGCCCAUCUCGAAGGAGGGUAUACUUGUGAGGGUGUGGAGGACUUGACUGGUGGUGUAUCCACUGUGUUCCUAAUCAAGGACAUUUUGGAUAUCGACAAGUUCUGGAAGGAGGAGUUGCUAAUGGCCAACAAAGAUCGUGUCUUGGCCUGUAGCUUCCAAAGGUUGCGCGCACCUGAGGAUGAUUGGUGGGGUCAAAGCCCAGAUGUCGAAGGACUGUAUGGCAAUCAUGCCUACUCUAUCAUGAGAGCGGUCGAGACUCGCGGAAAGCGUUUCGUUAUCGUUCGUAAUCCCUGGGGUACGGGCGAAUGGAAGGGAGCGUGGUCGGAUGGAUCGAAGGAGUGGACACCGGAAUGGUUGCAGGUUCUCCCCGAACUCGGACAUACGUUUGGGGAUGAUGGCCAGUUUGUCAUGGAAUACAAGGACUUCCUUGACUCUUUCGCGGACGUUGAAAGAACGUUCCUGUUCGACGAUACUUGGAUUAUGGCUUCUUCGUGGAUGUCAGUUCCAGUUCCCACUGAACCUAGGGCUCCUUCAUAUGGAACACUGUCAUACUCUGUCCAAGUUCCGGAGAAGACCAAAGCCAUCUUUACCCUCUCUCGUAUCAACGAGCGCCCGUUCCGAAGCAUCAAGAAGACGGCAGAUGUCACCAUGGACUUUGCUGUCGUGAAACUGGGAGAGUUGGUACCUCUUCAACGAAUCUCGGAGCACGACCCGUUCCAGUCACGAAGCUUGUCUGUCGAAAUGGAACUGGAGCCGGGAGUUUACAUUGUCUAUGUGCGAUAUGAUAGAGAGAAAUCGUCGGGAGAGAACACUAUGGUUUAUGGCGAUGUCGAUGACGACGAUUCCGAUGAAGGCAAUGACCCAAAUACUCGAACACGAGUCAUCUCUAGGAUCCUGACGAAUAAGAUUCGAGCUCAGAGCAUCGCGGAUAAUCGGGUGACAAAGUUGAAAUCCCAAUUCAUGCCGAAGACCUUGGAGGAUGUUAUCCGAGAGGAUUAUGAAGAUUUCCAUAACAAGUCCGAGAGUGAUUCUGACUCUGAUGAAGAGCCAUCCACACCUGGGGACGAGGACAGCGAGAAGGAACAGUCUCAGGAGGUGAAGGGAAAGGCGGAAGGAACGGACGAGAAGGCUUUCAAUUCCCAGAAUGGCACAUCCAACGGCCACAGUGAAGCUCCUCCGCUAACGGAAGUGGCAACAGUCGCGAAAGAUGCGGGUUCUGGCCUCCAGUGGGACAUCCUCCUGAAGUUGCUCAUGAUCGGCUGUCUCAACCUGCUCGGAAUCCUUGGCCUCACCGUCUUCAACGCGCUCGGUCACACCCCUGAGCAGCAGCAAACCCAACCUGAAGUCGACGAAGCAACCACUGGUGAAUCACAUGGUGAGGAGGUUGCGGUAUACCCGAGUUCCAAUAUGGAACAAGGUGGUGAUGAUGAUAGCGAGGACGAGGAUGGAGCCGACGACUGGCGUCACUUGCUGAGGGACGAUGGGAAGUCGGUCGUUUUGGGACUCAGGGUCUAUACGCAGACGAAGGAGCCUGUGUCGAUUGUUGGGCGGGUCAAGAAGGGGGAAGGGAAGGGUGAAGAGACGGAUUCGAAGUCGGAGUCGGAGGGGACGCUGGUCAAUGGUGAUCAGGUCUUUAUCGUACCUGCGGUAUAA